AUGACUGCUCCCAUUCGGGUGCUUAUCUGCGGCACAGGAAACAGUGCGCAUGCUCUCGUAGGAAUUUUUUCUUUGAAAACAAACGUCGAAGUUCGUGUUCUAACACAGAAUGCCGACAAAGCUAAUCAAUGGGAAACGCUCAUUGCUAGGGGACAACAUACAGUUCUUGUGUGCGGAGAAAACGAAGAUCUGGCUGUGUCGAUGGCCAAUCCUCUUAUUGUGACAAAUGGCCCAGAGACAGUGGUAUGUGGAUGUGAUAUCAUAAUCUUGGCUGUUCCCGCAUCUCUCCAUUGGGAUUAUCUCACCUUAGUGGAACCUUACAUCGAGAAUGGAUGCAUUAUAAUGGGUUUACCAGGUCAAUGUGGAUUCGAAUCUGAAGUGGGGCAGGCGCUGGGUAAAAAACUAAACAGUUGCAUUAUAAUGAAUUUCGAAUCACUACCUUGGAUAUGUCGAAUGGUCGAAUUUGGAAAGACAGUGAAAAUUACUGGAACCAAAGCUAAGCUCAUUGGUGCUGUAUAG